AUGCCUAGUCAAAUGCGUCGAUCAUUUGAUUCGACAUUGUGGAAGUUCUGUGAAACCAGAGACAGUGACAGGUAUGCAUUACACCUCAAUGAGGUAAAUAAUAGUGAAACCAGAGACAGUGACAGGUGUGCAUUACACCUCAAUGAGGUAAAUAGUAGUGAAGCCAGAGACAGUGACAGAUGUGCAUUACACCUCAAUGAGGUAAAUAGUAGUGAAACCAGAGACAGUGACAGGUAUGCAUUGCACCUCAAUGAGGUAAAUAAUAGUGAAACCAGAGACAGUGACAGGUAUGCAUUACACCUCAAUGAGGUAAAUAAUAGUGAAACCAGAGACAGUGACAAGUGUGCAUUACACCUCAAUGAGGUAAAUAGUAGUGAAAGCAGAGACUGUGACAGGUGUGCAUUACACCUCAAUGAGGUAAAUAAUAGUAAAACCAGAGACAGUGACAGGUAUGCAUUACACCUCAAUGAGGUAAAUAAUAGUGAAACCAGAGACAGUGACAGGUGUGCAUUACACCUCAAUGAGGUAAAUAAUAGUGAAACCAGAGACAGUGACAGGUGUGCAUUACACCUCAAUGAGGUAAAUAAUAGUGAAACCAGAGACAGUGACAGGUGUGCAUUACACCUCAAUGAGGUAAAUAAUAGUGAAACCAGAGACAGUGACAGGUGUGCAUUACACCUCAAUGAGGUAAAUAGUAGUGAAACCAGAGACAGUGACAGGUGUGCAUUACACCUCAAUGAGGUAAAUAGUAGUGAAACCAGAGACAGUGACAGGUGUGCAUUACACCUCAAUGAGGUAAAUAAUAGUGAAACCAGAGACGGUGACAGGUGUGCAUUACACCUCAAUGAGGUAAAUAGUAGUGAAACCAGAGACAGUGACAGGUAUGCAUUGCACCUCAAUGAGGUAAAUAAUAGUGAAACCAGAGACAGUGACAGGUGUGCAUUACACCUCAAUGAGGUAAAUAAUAGUGAAACCAGAGACGGUGACAGGUGUGCAUUACACCUCAAUGAGGUAAAUAAUAGUGAAACCAGAGACAGUGACAGGUGUGCAUUACACCUCAAUGAGGUAAAUAGUAGUGAAACCAGAGACAGUGACAGGUAUGCAUUGCACCUCAAUGAGGUAAAUAAUAGUGAAACCAGAGACAGUGACAGGUAUGCAUUACACCUCAAUGAGGUAAAUAAUAGUGAAACCAGAGACAGUGACAAGUGUGCAUUACACCUCAAUGAGGUAAAUAAUAGUGAAACCAGAGACAGUGACAGGUAUACAUUACACCUCAAUGAGGUAAAUAAUAGUAAAACCAGAGACAGUGACAGGUAUGCAUUACACCUCAAUGAGGUAAAUAAUAGUGAAACCAGAGACAAUGACAGGUAUGCAUUACACCUCAAUGAGGUAAAUAAUAGUGAAACCAGAGACAGUGACAGGUAUGCAUUACACCUCAAUGAGGUAAAUAAUAGUGAAACCAGAGACAGUGACAGGUGUGCAUUACACCUCAAUGAGGUAAAUAAUAGUAAAACCAGAGACAGUGACAGGUAUGGAUUACAGCUCAAUGAGGUAAAUAAUAGUGAAACCAGAGACAGUGACAGGUAUACAUUACACCUCAAUGAGGUAAAUAAUAGUGAAACGAGAGACAGUGGCAGGUGUGCAUUACACCUCAAUGAGGUAAAUAAUAGUGAAACCAGAGACAGUGACAGGUGUGCAUUACACCUCAAUCAGGUAAAUAAUAGUGAAACCAGAGACAGUGACAGGUGUGCAUUACACCUCAAUGAGGUAAAUAAUAGUGAAACCAGAGACAGUGACAGGUGUGCAUUACACCUCAAUGAGGUAAAUAAUAGUGAAACCAGAGACAGUGACAGGUGUGCAUUACACCUCAAUGAGGUAAAUAGUAGUGAAACCAGAGACAGUGACAGGUGUGCAUUACACCUCAAUGAGGUAAAUAGUAGUGAAACCAGAGACAGUGACAGGUGUGCAUUACACCUCAAUGAGGUAAAUAAUAGUGAAACCAGAGACAGUGACAUGUGUGCAUUACACCUCAAUGAGGUAAAUAGUAGUGAAACCAGAGACAGUGACAGGUGUGCAUUACACCUCAAUGAGGUAAAUAAUAGUGAAACCAGAGACAGUGACAGGUGUGCAUUACACCUCAAUGAGGUAAAUAAUAGUGAAACCAGAGACGGUGACAGGUAUGGAUUAUAG